UGGUGGAAACGUGACAACGUGGUUCAACACGGAAAUGCGUCGGUCUCUCUACCGGAAGCUAUGUGACGUAACCAGCGAGCCCACUUCCGGGUGUUUUUUUUCGCAUUCUUUAGCUUCAACCGAUCGUACGUCUCUACUCCGGAAAAACCGGCUGCCAUUUGGGGCGUGCUUCCCUGUGCUGGGAGAGCAGUUCUCGUGCCAACAGUUAACCCAGGAUAAACCAGCGGUCUGCGUCUGUCAUCAGUUUCCUGUGUGUGUCUGUGGCUCUGAACAGGAAGACGGACGCAGAGAGACGUCUGAACUGAGAGAGAGGAAACUGCUGUGGCUUCUUCUUCAGCCUCAGAAUGACUGAGUUCUGGGUUUGUUUUAGCUGCUGCAUUGCAGAGCAGCCACAGCCUAAACGGCGGCGACGGAUUGAUCGCUCAAUGAUCGGCGAGCCUACAAACUUUGUUCACACAACACAUGUAGGCUCGGGGGACAUGGGCGGAUUGGCAUCGGUGGACCUUGUCCAGGCCCAGAUGAAAUCUAAAGGGGGCUACGUGCAUGGAGGGUCUGAAGGUUCUCAGUUGUAACAAGCCCCUUCACAGUCUUGUGGAAACUACUGUUGUUGAUAUGAGGAACCAUUUUCAAAAAGCAGUGCUGUCUGUAAUGGACAAAGGACCAAAAGAUGAAACUACUGCUUUUCCAUUAUGUUGUACAUAUUUUUAUUUUCCAUUCCUUUUUUUUAAUGAAAGCACUGCUUAUCCAUUUGCUGCCAUACUGUUGCACUGUAAAGAGUAGCUGUUAGGAGUAGAUAAGAGGGUUUAGAAAGCUAGUUAUCUCAGCCAUGUAUGCUUGUGAGUAUGCAUGAGGAAAAUAAGUUUCAAAAUGAUUUGCUGUUGUAGCCCAUUUGGAUGCCUGUAUUUAUUAUCUGAUUUGUAAAACGGACCUCAUGGUGGCUGGGCCACGCUGGAGAUUUUGGACAUUCUGUUUCCUUCUUUAUUCUCAGAGGUUUAUCAAAGGACAGGUAGAGGUGUCGAGGUGAAGCGCGAUGUGUUCAUUGUUUUAUUCUGAGAGAUACUCAUGAUUCUCUGAGUUGCUUUCAGGGUUGAUGAUUGCUGUCUUGUUAUAAACUUGAAUGAGUAGCGUACACUGGACCAUGCAUUGUACACUCACACUUGCUUAGGAAUUCUGCAUUGAUUUAUUUCAACUGUUUUUUUUAUACUCGUUUAGAUCAAACCAUAUAGAAUUUUAAUAAACUAUGAACUUUCUAAUCUGCCUUCUGAAGUUAUGUUCAUUUUUUUUAACUAGCAUCUUUUGGCAGCUUGAUGCUGCAAAUACUGAGCUUAGUCAAUGCAUAGUUUAUUUUCUUUUUUACAUGUAAUUUUUUGUUCUUUUGUUUUGUUUUUCAAAGACUUGUACGCCAACAUUAGACCCAAGAAUUAAACUUGGAAGUAACCAAAUCAGCACUGCAAACACUGCUGCACACGUGGGUCAGGUUUGAUGCAGUAUUCUCAAACCUGUAGUCUACCCUCUGUUGGUCCAUCAAGUUCUUUUGGUUUACUGCUGUCCCAUUUCCCUAACACAUUGUAAAUUACAGGCUGUGCCAUGCCAUCGUAGAGUAUUUAUCUUUGACAUAAAAUCAUUUUUCACUUAUUUGGCUGACACGCACAAUUUUUGGCCGAGGUGGUUGUUUCCCUCUGGAGGUUGUGGUAGUCGUUUGAUGUGUCUUUUAAAAAGUCAAACAAAUGCCAUUGAACGGCAUUAAGAUGUAUGUGGCCCACCUUUUGUAGCAGUGUUUGUAGCUUUGUUGUAAAAGCAUGUCUCUGUGUGAUGUAAUAUUUUGUCAAAAGCUUUUUAGAGUACAAAGUGUAUUAAACCCCAUUCCUUUGGCCUUAGAAAUGUAACAGUUUCUCCCAGUUUGUCGGCCUCUCAUCCACCUUUUUCAAGGAAAUCUAAUUUCACUUAAACAGUGCAGCUCUUAAUGCCUGAUUACACAGACUGUCAGUUGUACUUGUGAUCACAUAUUCUCACUUUUAAUCGAAUGGUACAUUUUCAUCCCUUUAGUAUUUGUCACACGCAGUCCAAAUUUCUGAACGCAGCUAAAUUAGAAAAUAGUGAAACCUUUAUAGAAUAUAUUCAGAUAGAUAUGACAUGCAUGAGCCCUUCUUCAUGAGAUCUAUGGUGAUCAUUUUUACAAAUGUGUAGAGCCAACCAGCAGGCCUGGAUCUACGAAUACAUGUGACUAUUUGUUCUCAUUGUACAUCUUAUGAUUUACUUCUCCAAAAGCAGAAAGUGGAUGUAAAAUUAGGUGAGAAAACUGGUGUUAAUAAGUGUGAAUGUCAUUCUCUUGACGAUACAUGAAUGAAAUCCUAUCAAGCAUUGUAAAAUACCCAACAGCCACAUUUGUAAUAUCUAUUCAUUUUGGUAAGUUCACACAGAUUUAACCAUGUGAUUCAUCAGGCUUUGAUGUUGUCGGAGCUCAUCUGUUCCUCUUUAAAUGUUUCGGUAGUAUUUUCUGUGUGAAAAGAGAUCCACAUACUGUAUGUGUGGUUUUUUUUCACCAGCUCUGGGUUAAAUGCUGUAGUACGUGCAGACAUUAGCAGGAUUGCCGUAUAUUAUGUGACCAGCAGGCUGUGCUAGUGCACUGGUUGAAUGUGACUUUAAAAAAUGUUUCCUUCUCCUGACAUAAGACUUAUUUUAUGAUGAAAAUGUAAAUACAAAACAUAAAAGUAAUGGAUCCAUGCUUUAUAUGUAUUUGGGAUCAUACAUAUUUUUGGUUACUUUUCUCUAUAAGAGGACUGGGAAGGUGUUGGAGCAGUGUUCUGUUGUCUUUAUUGUUUUUCUUUCUCAGGAACUGCCUGUUAUGUAGUUCCCACUUUAAGGGAAGUUCAUCUGUCUUUUUUUUCUGCAUUUUUCGGAAUAAAAAAUAAGAAAUAAAUGUUCAAUGUUGAUGUUUGA